ACCAACUACAAUUUUCUUUUUCUAUUUGUCCAUUUAAUAAGAGCAUAAUCGGUCUGCAUAUUCAGUGAAUUGAACGUGAUAGAUUUGUUUAAUUUGCCCCGGGUUUGUUGUCUUUACGCCAAAAGAUAUCACAGAUUCAUGAAGAGAAGAUCAUCAUGGUGCGCUUAACAGAUCUUUUACUCAUGGCGAGGAAGCAGGUUCCUGCUUGGAAGAAAGCUAAUCGACAUUAUCGCUACACCAUGUCCAGGCCCUGGACUAUUCAGGCUCAGGUCCAGAACCUUCCUGGGAUAGAUCGUCCUAAGGUCCAGGUCGAACCGGUCAAGGAGUGGAAGAUCUUCAAAGGUGACCUGGUCCAGGUUCUGAAGGGACGAGAUAUCAGCAAACUAGGACUGGUCUUAGAUAUCAUCAAGCAGAGAAACUGGGUCAUAGUAGAGGGUCUCAAUUGUCAUUACAGAAGGAUAGGUAAAAUGAAAGGAUACUCGGGGACGAUGAUAAAAAGUGAAGGACCCUUGGAUGUGAGGGAGGUCGCCCUAGUGGACCCUUCAGAUAACAAACCGACGGACAUUGACUUUCGGUACACUGAAGCCGGCGAGCAAGUCCGGGUAUCCAAGAGGACCGGUAGAAUCAUCCCUAUACCGAUAGUAGACUCAGAUUCCAGAGAUUACAAGACCAAGGAAAGCUAUGUCGAACAACCAAAGGACUCUGUUGCAGAGGACGUGUGUAAAAAGACAUUUGAACCCUCAUUGAAAACAGUAGAAGAAGAGUUAAUGGAAGCAUUGGACAUCAAGGAAACAAGAAAACGUGCAAAGACCUACUGGUAUUGAGGCCUUUAUGCAAUAAAGGCAAGGACAAUAAAUUGUGUGCUGAGAUAUACAACGCUUUCAGAAUCAACUAAUAGAUGGUUGGAGGAUAAACGGAUGUUCAACAGUGUUGGAUUUGGUGAACCACAAAGUGAUGGUGGAGGACAAAGCUGAAGCCGGAGACUGUUUUUGUUGCAAGUUUCUUGAUGAAAGUACUUGUGCCUGCCGAGUACUGAUAUCUGUGUCAUACAUGCACGUGUUCCGAACAAUCUUUGGACACACAAGGGCUUAUCUAGUAAACAGGGCCAGAUAAAGGUCUUUGGAUUACGCAACACAUGCUAAAGCUACAGUUACUCUGCAAACUGUGGACCCACACUGUAUCCAAUCAUAUCUAUGUCCAGUGAAACCUGUAUACAGAGACUGCUCAAGGGAAACAAGAAAAGCAGUCUUUGUAGGCAGGUUUCCUUUGUACAUGUUUCAAUGUACAUGUUUCAAUGAGAAACCAUAUUCAAGGAAAACAAACAUUUUUGGCUACAGCAAGUUUGAAUGUAUCUUUGAAAAAGUAAAUCCAGGGAAAAUUGUUUGAAAAACUAAUUCUGGUACUCCUAUCAGCAAUAGAAUACAAGAACAAUUCAACGGUAAUUGGAUACAAGAACAAUUUAGCAAUAGGAUAUCAGAACGAUCGAUCAAAAUGUAUUUGUAGACAAAAAAUAAUUCAGUGAGAUUUUAAAAUAUCUGAUCUCCCCUCCAUAUUUUAGUCUUAUUUGCAUGUCAUAAAAAUGAUCCCUGUCAUGAAAGUUUAGUCCCAACUCCCGAGCCCUUCUUUGUGGCACCUGUAAUUGCCUUUCAAAUGUAUCCCCCAAUAAGACUGUGUACUCUUUACGAUUUAUGGAUAUUGGAAAAAUCAUAAUUCCCUGAUUUGUCUUUUAGUUCGAUACCCUAUGGAUGGAUGAAAUAUUUCAUGUUUAUUUAUUCAUAGAUUUUUCAGCUGAACUGGAUUUUAAAUGAGAUCAUAGAGAAUAAACUGUUACCAUUUUAAUAGAAUACUGUAUUCUUUCUCAUGUGUUGUGUCAAUGAUCAAUUAAUCUGUAUUGCCAUAUUGAAUGGUACUGUAUUAUUGAUCAAAAUAAAACUUGCAUAAAUUAA